AUGACUUUCUGGAACGGAACCAUCCUCGGACCUCCCCACUCUGCCCACGAGAACCGCAUCUACUCGUUGACACUCGAAUGUGGCCCCGAUUACCCCGACCAGCCCCCCACCGUCAAGUUCAUUUCGAAAAUCAACAUUCCCUGCGUUAACCAGCAGAGCGGCGUGGUGAUUCCCGCCAACCUGCCAUGUCUCGCUCACUGGAAACGAAGCAACACGAUGGAGACGGUGUUGCUGGAGCUGCGAAAGGACAUGGGCCAGCCCGCCAACAGAAAGCUGCCCCAGCCCGCCGAAGGCAGUACUUAUUAA